CAAUUGGUCAACCUCGCUACUUGCACAAUUUGUCCGCAAAGGUUAGGCAGUGCCUGAAUCGGAUCAUGGCAGAAUCACCGGGCCUCGUCACCAUCUGCCUUUUAGGAUAUCUACUCAGUGCUGAAUGUACAGUUUUUCUUGAUCAUGAAAAUGCCACCAAAAUUCUGAAUCGGCCAAAGAGGUAUAAUUCAGGUAAACUGGAAGAGUUUGUUCGAGGCAACCUUGAGAGGGAGUGUCUGGAAGAAAAGUGUAGUUUUGAAGAAGCUCGAGAGGUUUUUGAAAACACUGAAAAAACCACUGAAUUUUGGAAGCAAUAUGUUGAUGGAGAUCAAUGUGAGUCCGAUCCAUGUUUAAAUGGCGGCAUCUGCAAAGAUGACAUUAAUUCCUAUGAAUGUUGGUGUCAAGCUGGAUUUGAGGGAAAGAACUGUGAAUUAGAUGUAACAUGCAACAUUAAGAAUGGCAGGUGCAAGCAGUUUUGUAAAUUGGGCGCCGACAACAAGGUGGUCUGUUCCUGUACCGCAGGGUACCAACUUGCGGAAGACCAAAGGUCUUGCGAACCAGCAGUGCCAUUUCCAUGUGGAAGAGUUUCUGUCCCGCACAUUUCUACGACACGCACCCGUGCUGAAACUUUUUUUUCCAAUAUGGACUAUGAAAAUUCCACUGAAGUGGAAAAAAAUUUCGAGAACCUCACCCAACCGCUCAACGACCUCACUCGAGUUGUUGGUGGAAAAGAUGCCAAACCAGGUCAAUUCCCUUGGCAGGUCCUUUUGACUAGGAAAGUUGAUGCAUUCUGUGGCGGUUCCAUCAUCAAUGAAAAAUGGGUGGUAACUGCAGCCCACUGUAUUGAGCCUGACGUUAAAAUUACCGUGGUUGCAGGUGAACAUAACACCCAGGUGAGCGAACACACAGAGCAAAAGCGAAAUGUGAUUCGCACCAUUCUUCACCACAGCUACAAUGCAACUAUUAAUAAGUACAACCAUGACAUCGCCCUUCUGGAACUGGAUGAACCCUUAACGUUCAACAGCUAUGUAACACCUAUUUGCGUUGCUGACAGGGAAUACACGAACAUCUUCCUCAAAUUUGGAUCUGGCUACGUGAGUGGCUGGGGGAGAGUCUUCCACAGAGGGAGAUCAGCUUCAAUUCUUCAGUACCUUAAAGUUCCACUUGUUGACCGAGCCACAUGCCUUCGCUCCACAAAGUUCACCAUCUAUAAUAACAUGUUCUGUGCUGGCUUCCAUGAGGGAGGUAAAGAUUCAUGCCAGGGAGAUAGUGGGGGACCCCAUGUUACCGAAGUGGAAGGCAUCAGUUUCUUAACUGGAAUCAUUAGCUGGGGUGAAGAGUGUGCAACGAAAGGAAAAUAUGGAAUAUAUACCAAGGUGUCCCGGUAUGUCAACUGGAUCAAAGAAAAGACAAAGCUCACUUAAAGAAAAUUAUGUAUUUCCAAGGUUGACAUAUUUGAGGUUGAAACUGGACAAGGUCCUUUACUAACCACUUGCCUAUCUCUUUAGAUUUGACGUAUACAUUCUAUAAAUACUGCUUUUUCUUUUUAUGGGGAGAAAUCUAUCUAGAAUUCCUAUUUUACUAGAGUACGUAGAGUAGAAAAUGUAAUCACUAGAGAAAUGUACUGUGAUAGGAAAUUGUGACCAUUCCCACAGGUCCAGCCCUUGACAAACCUGUGAAGUUAAGUUUUUCAUCUUGCACGUCAGGCAUUAAGUUUCUCCACUGGGGCAACUCUUUGAUUCUGCCUCCUUAGCAGCGUUGCAUGUUCCAGAUCUUUCUUACCUCUCCCACCAAAAUCAUCAAAAUGUAUUCGACCUAUAUCCGGGAUAUUUGGUCUAGUUCAUGACAAGGCCAGCACUGCACUCAUAAAGGAAGAACACAGGAGCAACUGACAGGUUGAAACUCACCAGGAAACACCAAUUCCUUUUCUGUACUUUUAUUCCUGCUUCCUCUUUCUCUUCCGUUUCCUAAUCCCGAACUCAGUUUCUCUCUUCCUCCCUCUCUCUUUCUCUCGCUCCCCCCUUUUCCCUACGUGGUAUAAAAGGAGGGAAGGGGCACAUCAGACUGUUUUACUGCUGUCCACAGUUAUACAUGUCUAUCAAACCCAGAUUUGCUUUCAGUUUGGUCUUUGACUUGCUUUUCAGAGCACAGGGAUAAAGUAAGGUGCCUGAAGAACUUGGAGGAGAAGUUCCUCUGAGAGAGUCAUGUUAUCAAAAUACAUACAUCAUGGAAGGAAUGACCCAUCAGAAUAGUUCCCUAAGAGCUUGCCAUUAUGUUGUGAUAGAAGUAAAUAAGAAGGGUGACAUCAACUCACGUGUCUCGUCCCCCAUCUGAAAAAAUGUUAACGGAAAGAGAAAAACAGUCAGUUUGCAAUCUAUAGCUAGUACAGUCUUCAAGGAAAAUUCCUCAAUGUGUCUCCAAUACCAUCCAGGGCUAAGGAAAAAGUUGCCCUAGACCAGAGAACAUAAGCAUCGUGUCUCCUAAACUAGCAUAGCCCCACAGUGGAGAAGGGUGUGCCGGGGGCUCGCUCCCCCUUUUCUGGUUUCAUGCCCUCCAUGCAACUGUUUGAUUAUAAUCAGGCCUUCCGUACUGAAUCGUCUACAGGGUUGCUGACCAGCCUACACAAGUACUUUGAUGUGUUCGAAUGGUUCCCUUUGUGAAUUAAUAAACUGGCGUUCUGGUUCAUACCA